UGUCAUUGCACAAGAAAUAUUGUUUCUCAUUUUUUUUAUAUAUAAAAACCUUAUUCUUUUUCCUUUAAUUGUAAAUUUACCCGGAGCAUACUAGAUGUAGUAUGUUUUGCCAAGAAAAUAAUGAUGAUGAGCAGCCAGCCAUACCUGUCAUUUUUCUAAUCUAUCUUUCAGCGCAUUUGACGAAUUCUACAAAUCAAAACAGUUGACGGUAGUAGUUGGCAAUAUCGAUAUAUCGUCAAGCAAGAACGGUGCUCAACAGCUUUCUAAAAUUAUACCUCAUCCAGAUUACAGGUGUAACAAAAAAACCAAUGAUGUUGCUCUUCUAAAGACAAUGAGGCAGUUGAAAUGGAAUGAUGAGCUCCGACCGGCUUGUCUGCCUCAACCAACAGCAGAAGACUUUAGCGGAAAUAUGGCUACGGUUGCAGGCUGGGGAUUCACGAGUGAAGACAGAGCUAAAGGAUCAAGGCCAGAUAUACUACAGAAGACCAGCGUAUUGGUGGUGACAAACGAGGAAUGUAACGAGUGGUAUCAGUCCCAGGGAAGUAAAAUCAAGGUUAUAUCUACACAAAUGUGCGCCGGUCAUGAAGACGGAGGCAGAGAUUCCUGUUGGGUAAGUAUUUGGUAUUAUGUCGUUGAAUUCUCUAUCUACGAAAGAUAUAGGGAAUUGGAUAUAAUAGGAAGAUAAACUUCAAAGAAAAUCUCAAAAUUUUUUGCUCCAUCUAGUGGGGCCUGUGACCUGUUAAGAUGAGCCAAAUUAAGCUCAAUACUUACUUUUUCUCGAAGUACUUCGAUUUAUUUUAUGUAUUAUUAUAAUAAGACAAAAAUCCUCCCGCUGUCUGUACACUGAGAAUUUUAAACUAUACUCGAUUAAAAUCGUUUAAAAUUUUAAGAAUAACAACAACAAUCUUUAAUAAACUCUAUUUAAAAUUAGAAAACUACUAUUACUAUUAGAAAUCUUUAAUUUGGUAAAAGUUUGGUAUUGUGCUAUUUUCUUUAUUGAAUAAAUGUACGCGUUUUGGAA